CUUCCAAUCUAGGGCGUGGGGCCCGCAACGGAGCGUGGCGGGGACCCCCUAGCAGCAACUGAAGCAAAUGCUUUGGCUCCUUGGUCCUGCCUGCUGACCACACCAGGGUGACCAUGACUCAACCCAGCGUCCAGGACUGAGGGGCAGAGCUGCUGAGAGACCUGUCUCAGAGUGAGCCUCCACAGCAGCACCAAUGGAGACCAUGUACUCGAUGGAGCCAGUGCCUGAUGGUGCUGACCCCACCUCACAGGACAUGCUCAGCUUCCUGGACGCUGUGGUGAACAGCACAGAGGAGCAAUGCUUCAGUGCCCGCUCCCGCAGCACUGUCCUGGAAGGGCUGCCGUUUGGCGGCGUGCCCACUGUGCUUGCCAUCAACUUCAUCCUCUGGAUGCUUCUCCUUCUGGUCUUCUCCUGCCUUCGGAAGGCAGCUUGGGACUACGGGCGCCUGGCACUGCUGAUGGACAAUGAUAGUUUGACGUCGCUUUUCUAUGGAGAGCAGAGUGAGAAGGAGAAGUCCCCAUCGGAGAGCAGCCCCCUGGAUACUGACAACAAGGACAUGGGAUUCUGCUCCUGGCUCAUUUCUAUCUACCAGAUGAAGGACGAGGAGAUUCAGAGCAAGUGUGGGAUCGAUGCCACUACCUACCUCUCCUUCCAGCGGCACCUUCUGGUCCUGCUGAUGCUGGUCUGUGUGCUCUCCGUGGCUGUCAUCCUGCCUGUCAACUUCUCAGGGGACCUCCUGGGACACAAUCCCACCCACUUUGGCCGGACAACCAUCGCCAACGUCCCGACACAGGAUCGUCUCCUGUGGCUGCACAGCAUCUUUGCCCUCAUCUAUUUCAUCCUCACCAUCCUCUGCAUGGCUCAUCACUCUGUACACCUAGAAUACAGAGAGAACGAGAAGGUUGCCCGGACACUGAUGGUUACCCACAUCCCCAAGGAGAUCACAGACCCUUCCCUCAUCAUCAAGCAUUUCCACGAGGCUUACCCCAGCUGCACUGUCACCAAUGUCCAGUUCUGCUUCGACGUGCGCAAGCUGAUGAAGCUGGAUGCAGAGAGGCGCAAGGCAAUGAAGGGUCGGCUUUACUUUACCACCAAGGCACAGAAAGAGGGGAAGAUCAUGAUCAAAACCCACCCCUGCGCCCGCAUCUUCUGCUGCCGCUUCUGUGGCUUUGAGCAGGUAGAUGCUGAGCAGUACUACAGCGAGCUGGAGGAGAAGCUGACGGAUGAGUUCAAUGCUGAGCGCAACCGCAUCACACUCAAGCGUCUUGACAUGGCCUUUGUCACCUUCCAGGAUGAGCGGAUGACUGCUGUGAUUUUGAAGGACUACAGCCACAUCAGCUGCCGCAAACACCCUCAGCAGUCCUCUGUCACCACCGUGGUCAAGUCACAUCACUGGGGCAUUUGCUAUGCCCCUGCACCCAGCGAUAUCAUCUGGGAGAAUUUAUCAGUCCGUGGCACAUCCUGGUGGGUGCGAUUCAUCCUCCUUAAUAUCUGCCUCUUCAUCCUUCUCUUCUUCCUCACCACACCAGCCAUCAUUGUCAACACUAUGGACAUGUUCAAUGUCACACACCCUGUGGAGAGCCUCGAGAACCCCAUCAUCACCCAGUUCUUCCCUACGCUGCUGCUCUGGGCCUUCUCCGUCUUCCUGCCCUUCCUUGUCUACUACUCAGCAUUCUUUGAGUCACACUGGACAAGGUCAAGUGAAAAUCAGCUCACCAUGCACAAGUGCUUCUUCUUCCUGGUGUUCAUGGUCAUCAUCCUACCCUCACUGGGGCUGAGCAGCCUGGACCUCUUUUUCCGCUGGCUCUUUGACACCCACUUUUUGGAUGAAGUGAAUAUCAAGUUCCAGUGCGUUUUCCUCCCAGACAACGGCGCUUUCUUCGUCAACUACGUGGUCACCUCCAGCCUGAUCGGGACAGCCAUGGAGCUGCUGCGCAUCCCAGGCCUCCUCAUCUACACCGUCCGCCUCUGCUUCGCCAAGUCUGAGCCUGAGCGGCUCCACGUCAAGCGGAGCCAAGCCUACCAGUUCCAGUUUGGGCUGGAGUAUGCCUGGACCUGCUGCAUCUUCUCUGUUGUGAUGACCUACAGCAUCACCUGCCCCAUCAUCGUACCCUUUGGGUUGCUCUACAUGUUGCUCAAGCACAUGGUUGACAGGUACAACAUUUACUACGUUUACAUCCCCACCAAGCUGAACCAGCGUCUCCAUGUCGCAGCCAUCAGCCAAGUCAUGGUGGCCCCCAUUCUCUGCAUGUUCUGGCUGCUCUUCUUCUCCGUCCUGCGCCUCGGUCCAACCCGCCCUGUCACCCUCUUCACCUUUGUGGUCCUCCUUUCCUGCAUCAUCUUCUCCUUCUUUGGCCUCUGCCUGAAGAAGCUGCAGCCACGGAAACCCUCCAGCUACCAGAUGUCUGAUCAGUCUGAGGGUACCUUCAACGAUGUGGAACGGAGCAGUGUUUCCUCCACCCCCAACUCCAAUCUCUUUGUGGCCACUGUCCUGCAGGAACCGGAGCUGAGCCUGACGCCAGCAGCCUCCCCAGCACACCAGUCCUACGGCACCAUAGGCAACCAUCUGGAGCCAGUGGAGGACGGGGAGGACAGGGGGCUGCCGAGCUUUGAGACAGAGCUGGAGACAGUGGAGGGGAAGUACAGGAGUGGCCCUGUGAUGGAGAGCCAGGCCCGCUACCAGUGAGCAUCCCUGGCGCCGGGGCAAGGACCAGCCAUGCUUACAGCAGGGGACAUGUUGGGGGGCAGGAAGGAGCCUUCCCAAGCACUGGUGAGGGCCACCUCACUGAAGGGGCAGGAGGACACCAAGACUGAUGUGAUGGGGAGAUCCCAUUGCAUGGGAGGUGGCGGGAGGCUCUGCCAGUCCCCCCUGCUGCCAGAACCCACUCAGAACCCACCAUGCCCCCCUGUCCCCACUCACCUCUUCUAGCCUGCUGUGGGGAAGUGGGGGUGCAGCAGUGGGGGGAGGGAGUCUCUCUGUGAGGCCAAGCUUUUUAGGGGCAGGAGGGAGGCCCUGGCCUUUCCACGAGGGGGAAGCAGCCCAGACAGUUCUGAUGAAUGUGCCCUCCACAAUGCUGUCCUGUGGGUCUGCAGUGGCUGGGAAUGGCCAACCCUAACCCUUGCUUCCCACCCUGCACAUUCAUUGCUCUUGGUGGCUAUGUCCUGCUACUUCCCCUGGCGCCAACCUGUGCAGGCUCCUGCCCACCCCCACUGCCACCCCUAAAGCUUUGCUGGUUAAUGCAGGGACUGGUGAGAUGUGUGCGUUUCAGGGGAGGAGGUGGGUGCCUAGGGCUGCUCCCACACAUGCCUUCUACCACACCAUCCCACCUCAUCUCUCCACUGCUGCACCAUGCCUGUGCCCUUGGGUCCACAGGGAGGAGUGGGAGGUCAAGGGAUGAGUGUGUUUAAUGGCUGUGAGGGCAGCUCCUUGUCAUCCUGCUUCCCCCAGCAGCAUCCCCUUCCUGCUUUUGCUGUCCCUGGGGCUGUCCAUGGGAUCCUGCAUUGCUCCAUCCUGUUGCAGCAGAAAUGGGGGGGAAAGGGGCUGGCAGGACCCCAGCCUCCAGGUCCUGGUCCACCAUAUCCUGCCCUCUCCCACAAGAUGCAGCCAAGGGAUGCACCCCCAGCAGCCACACUGCCUCUUGAGUGCAAGUUCUGCUCUGGUCAGUGUGAAUGCACCAGCCCAGCCCAAGCAGCACUCCUAGGGUUUUCCAGCUCACCAAGGGCAGAUCUUGACCCUGUUUGGACCCUUUCCCACCAGUCUGACCCUCCUGGGCAUGCUGGCUCUUCUCUAGGUCCUCCUUUGAUGUCAGGGGUGUGUUUUCUGCUCCUAAUUCCCCCCCUGGCUUCAGAGCAAUUCUAGCUGUGAUCCCAGGGCCACUCGGGAAGGGAAGGGAUGACCUACACAGUUCUACCAGUGCCAGGGCUGCUGGUGGGGGGAGUGCUGCUGUCUGAAGAGGGACACUUGGCCUUGGCUCUGCUCCCAAUUACUGGUGCUGCUGAGGGGGUGACAUGGUGAGCCAGUUCUCUUUGAGGUGGGAGGAGUUAAAAGGCUGCCUGGCAGCAAACUGUGGGUUUCUGUUGGACUCGAGUGGGCCCUGUGACAUCCCUGUGGGGCUGGUGGGUCUCAGCUGGGCCAGCUGGCAGCCCCAUGGCCCCCAUCCCACCCAUGGUCCUGCAUGCUGGGGUGAUGGCUAUGGCAUGCUAGCCACUCAGUGGCUGCCUUGGGAGGAGCUUCAAGCUCCACAACUCCCUUGCAGCCCUGAGGGCCUUGGGGCUUCAGUCCAAGUGUUCCCAGGGCUGCCUGCAGCUCAGCCACCACCCUCACUGCCUGUUCCAGGGGCUGCUCUGGCUGGAGGAGAGAUGGAUGCUAGUGAUCCAUCUCUCUGGGUGGAAGCAAGUGCCUGCGAGUGGCACCGUGUCCUCAGGAGCUCGGGCUGCUGGUAUGAUUGCCCUUGGCUGUCCCACUGUAGGAAUGUGCCAGAGGUCUGUACCUUCUCGUGAUUUAUUGCUAUGACCGUGCCUUGAAUAAAAUUACUUCACCCAA